UUGUUACUAGCUGUGGUUAUGUUAUUCGGAAUUGUUGUCCUAUGCGGUGGGAGUCUUGGGCACAAAUUCCCGAGGAGACGAAGAAACUGGUGCGAGACAAGUUGUCGGUCAAUUUUGAUGUUAAGGACUUAUCCCCUGAGGUCAGUGCCUACUUAGAGGGGACCUUAGCAAACCGGUACAAAGAUUGGAAGAGCGCUUUUCACACGCAUUUUUAGCUAUGGGAUGAUCCGGAGAUUGCUCGCCUAGAGGGUUGCCCAAACGAGUUGAGGGACCGGCCAGAGGAUUGGGAGUGGCUCUGUAAACAUUUUAUGGAUCCAAAAUUUGUGAAGAAAUCUAUUGCUGGCAAGAAAGCUCGGGACUCAAAGACACUUCUCCACCAUUCCGGUUCGAAGCCCUUUUCGUAUAGGCUUGAGGCACGACGUCAGGAGGGUUCUAAGUUCCCACAGAUUGACUUGUUCAAUGACGUUUAUGUUCGACCCGGCAAUGAGACCGCUAAGGAGCUUCAUGAUGUUAUGGUGGAAAAGUCCACUGCUGUUCUCCAAGAAGCAACAUCCCAGCUUCCCCCGGAGACCCCGAUCGAGGACGUCAAUGUACCCGAGGAUGCAGAUAUUCAGAUCGUGACUGAGGUCUUGGAUCAGAAGUUGGGUCGUCGUUAUGGCAAGGUUGUUCGAUGUAUGGGGAAGGCGGGGGUUCGUGAGACGGCCUCCUCUUCCAGAUCGUCCACAGGAGAGGUCAAUGCCUUGAAGGAGGAAGUGACAACCCUAAAAGGUCAGCUUGCGGCCCAGGGCGAGCACAUUAGGGCCCAGGACGAGAGGAUGAGUAUGAUUGUACAAGCUUUAGCGAUGUCCGGCCUCCAGAUCCCGAUGCCAACACGUGAUGUUGCUCCACCUUCAACUUCCCAGCCACUUCACCCAGCUGAUACCCAGUAG